UCGGUCCAUUCGGAUUCGGCCGCUCCGAUACGUUCACCAGGAACUCGAGAGAGGGGAGGAUCAAUUUGUAAUCUUAUCAUCAGAGAGAGAAAACUGAGAGCGGCCAGCGCUACGUCCACGGUGGUGCACAUUGGUAACUACGUAGCCAUUGUCCGCUUUGUCGAUUUUGUGUGGGCAGUUGAAUUAAAUCGGUUCGGCCUGGAACUGACCGGGUUGUGGCCCGAAACAAACGAAGAAACUAAAAAUGACUACGCGUCCGAUUUUCGGGUUGGCUUCAUUUUCGUUUUGGUGACGUUUGUUUCUGGCAUUCCGCUUGUGUGCGCGCUCAUCCAAGUUCGAACUGACGAUAUGAUUCUUGUGAUGGACAAUUUGCAAAUCACUUUACCACUCAUGGUGGUCUUGUUGAAACUCGUCAUCAUGCGGUGGAAACGAACAACUCUCGUGUCUCUCAUAAAAAUGAUGGCGGAAGACUGGAUGAUGUUGAAGUUGGACACAGAGAGGGAUGUGAUGCUGAAGCGAGCCCGCGUUGCCCGAUUUAUCGUUAUUUGCGGAUACACUUUGAUGGUACUGUCGUUUGUUACAAUCAUCGUUUGUCCUUGUUUCGGAUUACCCGUCAGACGCUUGACAAAUAUUACGGAUCGGGCGAAACCGUUGCCGCUGCAGACAUAUUACAUUUACGAUACGGACAAGAGUCCGCAAUUCGAACUCACAAUCAUCGUUCAAGGAGUGACAAUACUUCUGGCAACCGUUGCUUACACGUCGGUGGACGCUUUUCUUGGACUCGUGAUUUGUCACAUUUGCGGCCAGUUGGAAAAUUUCAGAACCCGACUGGUUAACUUGACUUCGUGCAAAGAUUUCGAUAGCGCUCUGCGCGACAGCGUCAUCGCUCAUUUGCGACUAAUCAGAUUUGCUAAGAAAAUCGAAGAUACAUUCGCGUUGAUGUUGUUAGGACUAGUAUUUUAUUUUGCUAUAGUAUUCUGUCUAUAUGGAUUUUCUUUUUUUACUGUGAUUACUGAUAAAGAGACAAGCGAAGUUUCUAUCUCACAAGCAUGUUAUGCGAUGGUUGGUGUCGUAACGUUGUUGGCACAUACGUUUCUUUAUUGCGUUGCCGGUGAGAUUAUAACACAGCAUUGCGAGGCAGUUUUUCGCGCCAUAUACGAUCUCAAGUGGUACAAAUUGGAAUCGAAAAAAGCGAAAAAUCUUAUUUUAUUAAUGAUACGAGCUAACGAACCUUUUCGCAUCACAGCGGGAAAAGUUAUUCCAUUAACAAUGACUACUUUUUGCAACGUAAGAGCGAAAUGAUUUGCGAUUGACAUAUACGGUAAACAUGAAAUGAAAUGUAAAAACUACUUUUUUAUAAAUUUUGUACAUAAAUGUUUUAGCUGUUAAAAUCAUCUGUCGGCUACAUAUCGUUUCUUUUAGCAAAACGGGAAUGACGUGUGUAAAGAUCACUAAUUUUCAGUAAAAUAAGAAACUAAGAGUGCAAAAUAUGUGUUGGAUUAAAUAAUUAUACAAAUUAAAAAUUUUUCAAGUGUAUUCUAACUCUAGAAGUGAGAAAUAUAUAUUGAAAUUUUUUUUAGUUACUUAAGUGUUACUCCGUAAUACCAGCAUUUCUUUGACUGAUCAUCCAGUAUCGUCAUAUUUUUGUAAAUAACAAACACAUAUACACACACACAUACACAGUUUAUUUUUUUUUAAAUUAAAAACUGAUUGUAAAAUAUUUGUUUUAAAACUAUACUUUUAUGAUUUAUUCGACGUAUUGUGUCAAAAAGAUACUUUGUCGAAGAUCUUCGUCGGAAUAUCUGAACCUACGCACCUUAUGGAACAUUAUAAUUUUUUUUCUCAUCUUGUUCCUCAGUAGUUUUCUGUUCUAAAUGGAAUCUACAAAAACUUCAGCUAUUAUUAAAAGAAAAAAAUAUAGAUGCAAACGAUCCGCGCGAAUACAUUAUUAUAAGGAUGAAAAACGUUAAUAUACCUCCUCUUUCCUACAGUUUUUCUACUUCCAGAACAAUAUACCUCCCUUUUUAUGACUUAUUCUUUUACUCGUGGAAGUUUUUUUAUGAAACAAGAGCUACCAUGUUUCACUUGGAAAUAAUGUGUGUAAUAUUUAAUGCAUUACUCGCGACAGAGAGUAAGUAGUUUCGCUCGCAUAUUAGAUUGAUGAUCACUUUUUACACAGCAAAAUAGUAAGAAAUGAGUUGCGUCCCAGUAGACCGCGACAUGGAUAUUUCCGCGCAUUCAGGCUACCGAGGUAUCGAGUGUUCAUCACGAUGUUUAGUAUAUCUUCUUAGCCUUCCAUUCUUACGAAACGUGCAAAUGAUCGAAAAUGUAAAACACAGUUUAUUAAAUAUUUAUAAAAUUCUCUUUUAAUGCGAGCAGUUUUUCGUUAGAUUUUGUUUGGGCGGUUGAACUGAGUCGAUUUGGUUUGGAUC